AUGAUGAGCGCGUUCUACCGCAAGGCCGUAGCCGUCGGCGAGGAGGACGGCGAGGCUGCGAGCGGCUACCGACAGAAGAUGUCACCGCGCCGUUCGUUCAUGAUCGCGGACAUUCUGACGGCGCCGCCGGGCACUCCGCUUGUCGACUCCCCGCUCUGCCUGGGCCCGUCUCCCAUGCACGUCCGGGCGUCGGCGAUGGCAGCUGCCUCGCAGGGCGGCGCGGCGACCGGACCGGCGUGCCUGCAGACGCCGCCGCUGGGCCCCAUGUACUCUCAGGGGUCGGCUGUGGCCGCGUUCCUGCCGGCCGCCCACUUCAUCGGCAAGUCCAUCGAGCAAGGAUCCUUCCUUCUGUCGCCAGGGCUGGCGUUCCCGGGCCUGUUCGGGGGCCCGGGUGGCUGCGAGCCCGGUUCACGGCCCUGCCGGCGUCGCAAGGCGCGCACCGUGUUCAGCGACCAACAGCUGCACGGACUCGAAAAGCGCUUCGAGGCGCAGCGGUACCUGUCCACUCCGGAGCGCCUCGAGUUGGCCACCGCGCUCAGCCUGUCCGAAACACAGGUUAAAACGUGGUUCCAGAACCGGCGCAUGAAGCACAAGAAGCAGAUGCGCAAGGUGGGCGAGGACUCUUCGUCAACCACGGCGGCGGCCAGGCACACGCUGACGGACGACUCGAACCCGGGUUCCUGCGGGUCGGACCUGGACGGCGAACUAGACGUCGUCGGAGACGGCAGCGCCGCCCCGCGGUAGGGCGGCCGACUCCUGCAGAGAGGACGGCUGCACUCGGCUGGCAGUCAUCUGAUGUGUACAUACUAUGGGCGUAUAUGCACUGGCCACGGCGACCGUGACAACAACACCAAGCACGGAUUCAAGUUGAAAGUGGCGCCUUGUGUACAGAGCUUCCGAAGGAUUCACGUUCAGUGGCCUCGCCAUGUUUGACGAGUAACGCAGUUUCGAGAAGGGGUCGACGGAUGCCACUAUAGGUGGUUCGCGAGGGACGUGUUCUCGAAUGAUCGCUUUCCGGAGCAAAGAAACAUUACCGAUGAAUAGCGAGCUAAGUUGGAUUAGUGAUUUACGUUGCUGAAAUAGUGAAAUUCUCUUAUAAAAGUAGAUAUACAAAUUAUAUUGUCACUAGGUUGACUUUCUGCUUAGAUGCGGUUGAAUAUCGCGCAUAACAUUUUAAAGGAAAACGAACACUUUUGUCCUGAGAGUAGGCCUGGUAAGCCAAUAAAGAUGAACCUUGACUGGUGACGACGCCAACUGAAGUUUCCACACCAUUAGUGACGUCAUGAAUUUUGACAGAGUCUUCUCGGAUACAGGCAAUUGUUUUUGGGUAAAGAAUUGCAUUGUGUUCUUUAAAUAAAAAGAAAUACACGACCUAGCAAGUUUCGGUAAACUUUUACUCCGCCAGAAAAGCACGAUUACGGGAAAGCAUACCGGAAGUCUGUGACGUCACGCUGACAUCGGUUUC